AUGAAUUGUUAUAUUCGACUGAGUGCAUGUGUACAUGGACGAACGGAAUGGGAUUCUUUGCAAAAAUCGGUCAAUAUUAUCGUCGUUCUAUCUUUAUGGACAAUCAGUUGUUUUUCUACCGCUCUUGUUAGAUUCCCGCCAUUUUUCGCUUCGUGUUCGGCGGACCCGUUUCGUGGCCGAGCGGGCGUGCAACCAACUCUCGGCCUUAGUGGAAUGAACGGCAUUCGGAGAACUUUCAGUUUUCGAAAAAAGAAGAAGAAAUCCGAGUCCACCGACGGUUCAAAACCACAACAGUGGCUAGAUGAUGAAGCGAAGAUCAAAGAGGGUAGCUGUAGUUUUCAAGUCAGGUACUUGGGAAAUAUUGAAGUGUACGAAUCUAGAGGUAUGCAGGUGUGUGAAGAAGCGAUCAAAGCAUUGCGCAAGUCCAAAGUGGGUUUUCAUUGCCUUGUUUCGCAUAACUCUACCUGCUUUUUUCAGAAGAAGCCCCAGAAGGCCAUUCUUUAUGUUAGCGGAGAUGCGCUUCGGGUUUCCGAUGAUGUCAGUCAGCAUUUAAUCGUCGAUCAAACCAUCGAAAAAGUGUCUUUCUGUGCCCCUGAUCGCAGUCAUGACAAAGGAUUUGCUUACAUUUGUCGCGACGGUGCUACCAGGCGAUGGAUGUGUCAUGCUUUUUUGGCAGUGAAAGAUUCUGGGGAGCGACUGUCUCAUGCCGUCGGAUGUGCAUUUGCCAUUUGUCUGGAGAAGAAACAAAAGCGUGAACGUGAUGCACUUCAACUAGCUACGUCCGACGAUCGAUCGUUUACUCGGAUCGGAUCGUUCAGGCCGGCUUCACUGGCUGAGCGUCUUAUCGACCCACAGUCUGCAAUUCUGAUCGAACCAGUUGCGAGUACAGGGGAUAACAAGAGUCAUUCAAAUGCCUCGCCUCCUUCAACGACCGCCCCAAGUAUCACUGGGAAUGCGAUCGUCGCUUCACCUGCAGUCGGUGCCUUCCGGUCUCCGUCUCCAUCAGGAGUUACUGGAGCCAUACCUCGUCCCCGUCCAAGCCCAUCUAUUCUUGAGAGACAGGGUUCACUACGGCUUUUUCCCAAACUGCAAGCCACCAGUCCUUUCAAACGUGACCUUUCACUUCGACUGGAACAGCUCCCAUCCAAUAUUCAGCGUCUCACGCGGGUCACUAAUGGCGAUGUUAUUCCCGAAGAGCCCAGUCCUGACUUUGAGGAACCGUUUAUCGGCUCUUCCCCAGUGUCCUCAACCACCCGAAGUAUGAAGGCGCUCGGCCAACCCACCUCCACCACAUCGGUGCCUACUUUUCCCACCACAAACCCUAUUUAUUUCAUCAGCCAGAGCCAGUCUGUUCCUUUGACCGGCCCGGUCGUCACAGCCACGUCUCCCAUCUCCGCACAUUUCCCCAGUGUAACCACCCGAAGUAUGAAGGCGCUCGGCCAACCCACCUCCACCACAUCGGUGCCUACUUUUCCCACCACAAACCCUAAUUAUUUCAUCAGCCAGAGCCAGCCUGUUCCUUUGACCGGCCCGGUCGUCACAGCCACGUCUCCCAUCUCCGCACAUUCCAUCGCACAACUGCAAACACCAUCGCCAGAUCAAAGUUUCCCGGAUCCGUUUUCUGCAGCUCCCUUCAAUCCGGCUACCAUUCAACAACACCAGCAAACACAACAGGACAGUUCUUGGUCCAAUCUAGAGGCGCUGUCACAUCUCUCCAUUUCAACCAACCCCGUCAUUUCAAGUACUCAAGCUCAAUACACUUUAACGACAUCAAGCAUGGUUGCAGUUCCUGGUUGCGCACCUACGUCACCUUUCCUUGGCGGUCCACCGAUUGCUGCUCCGAUGUCCACCUCGUUUGCUCCCAGUGCGUGGCCUAGCAAUGGGACAACGAUGCGCCUCUCCACCACACAGCCCCCAUACAAUCCUAUUGCUCCCCAGUUCUCUUCGACGGAUCCCUACUCUGGGUUCGCUGUGAAUGCGUACACUGCUGGAUUUUCGGCUGCACCAAACUCAAUGUCGCUGACGUCGUGGUUCCCCAGUACCUUGCCUACAUCCAGUUGGUCAACCCCGUUGCCUUCUCUUUUACCCCCGGAGCCGGAUCGCCUUGCUGACCCUUUCGACGUUGGGUGGGCAGAUCGGGUUACCUCAACGACAAGCGUCACUGUGGCACACAAGCCUGGCAAUCCGUUUCUCUCCGAUGAGCCUCGUCUUGGCGAGUCUGCCUGUUUCACUUCGAACGGCAGCUCUCCAACCGUUUCUGCCCCUUCACUCCUGUCUUGAUCAGCUUCGCCUGGGGUUCAAGAAGCACACCCAAGCCGACUCUUACUCAUGAUUUCCUAGUCAGACGCCUGAUUACUUUUCAGUUUGAUUUCUUCUCUCUGUUAUCCCGUAUCCAUCGCCAGUCGCUUGGAAAACAUGUUCAACACACGCGCUUUCUGUCCUCUUUCAUUUGAGACUGUCUAAGGCAACGGUGGCACUGUGCUUUGCUCCAUCCAGUUUUUUUUGUUUUACACCGGUUCUCAGCUCCCCACUCUUUAGCCGUGAUAUCUCCAGUUAUCAUGCCAAUGGAUUCGGCCAAGUGUUCCAGCCCGUUUUUACGUCCACGGAAGCAGAUCUGAAAAAGAUGUUUGCCUGCUCAUACUUGUUUGCGCUGCGCUAAUCAAAACUCUCAUGUGUUUAUUAUAACCGUCCGGGCAGAUAGAGUCGCUCAGUCGCUUGCUUAUGUUUUGGUACAGCAAUGUUUCCACUCGCUAGAAACAAAAAACUAUCAAAUAUUUCCUUCCUCUGUGUAAAUGUUUUAGCUUCAUUCACUUCGUUUGCGUUCGUAAUUUCAUUCAUUUCGACAAUACGGCGUUCGUUUUGCCUUGAAGGCAUUUCUCCCCGCCUGUUGUUGACGCAAAAGCGACCAAUACACCCGUUCAUCUAUAUUGUAUCUGUGAUUCGCUCUCCUCUCCCAUGUAUACACUUGUCGCGAA